AUACUACUACUGGAUAUAAAUAUAGGGCUGCUGGACCGCAUUCCCACUCGUGUUCGUCCGCCUAACCACUUGCAUAAUUCGAACCUAAAACAUUAACAAAUCUAGAAAUUGAGAAAAGAACAGGAACUCAAAUCCCAAAACCCCAAUUCAUUCCCCUGGAAUUCCUCUCAUUUGUCUUCCACUUCCCAACGGAAAAUCAGAGGAAUUUGCGUUCUCAUAACCCCACUCUCUGUUUGGAUUCCAAGAAAAAAGCAGAGAGGAAAAUUUGUUGAAGGAAAAAGAAAAUGUUGUGCAGAAUGAUACCAAGGAAGACGAAGACGGGAAAGGUUCCGGUGUACCUGAACGUAUACGAUCUCACUACCAUCAAUGGCUACGCUUAUUGGCUGGGCCUUGGUGUUUAUCAUUCUGGUGUACAAGUUCAUGGGGUUGAAUAUGCAUUUGGCGCACACGAACAUCCAACGACUGGAAUUUUUGAAGUGGAACCAAAGCAGUGCCCUGGUUUCACAUUCAGAAAGUCAAUCUUGAUUGGAAGAACAGAUAUGGGUGACAAAGAGGUCCGGGCAUUCAUGGAAAAACUUGCCGAAGAAUACUCAGGAAAUACUUACAACCUCAUCACCAAAAAUUGCAACCACUUUUGCAAUGAUGCUUGUCUACAGUUGACCGGGAAACCUAUCCCAAGUUGGGUUAAUCGACUCGCUCGACUCGGUCUUCUUUGCAAUUGUGUGCUCCCUGCGGGUUUGAAUGAGACAAAGGUGCGGCACGUUAGACCAGAAGAUAGGGCUUUUGAGAAGAAGAAGCUAAGAAGCCAGUCAAGUAGGUUUCCAUCUUCUUCUAAUGCUCAUCCUUCAUUGUCAUCUGGUCCUUCAAGUUCUUCAACCAGAGGUAGUAGACAAAGAUCUUAUCGUGCUCGAUCUUCAUUUCUGAGUAAUUCUUCUCCGCCCUCGCCAAGGAAGCUUUAGUGGCAUUUGAUUUUUGGAACUUCACUGGGUCAUAAUUUCAUUGGCAUUUCCUUUCCUUUUUGUUUGUGAAAAGAAAAGGGAAAUGAUUUUCACUCUCUCUUUUGUGUAUAGAUUCACUCCACCUUUUGUCCCUAUUUUGUGAAAUUAUAAAGCCAACUUUCGCUUAUAAAUUCCUAAUUAAAUACACAAUUCAUGAAUGAAAGGGUGACUUUGCAAGUUUGCAUAAAAUGGAGUGUAUUUUUCAGCAAAGGGAAUGGUGAAAAUAAGUCCCCAAAGCACAAGCAACCAAAAAAUGGGGUAAAUUUUCCGAUUUAAGUAUUUUCCGUAUCAUGUUACUUGGUUCUGCUUUUAUUUUUUUCUGUUUUUUUGGUUGAAAGUAGAAACAGCAGCUUAUAUGUGUUUCAGUGUUUCUUUUUAUGUAUCUUUGAUUUAGUGAAAUGGAAUAUUUGUUUGCCGCCCCAAA